AUGGCGGCCGCGGUGACGGUGACGGUGGAGCCCGCGGGCCGCAGCUGCUGGGACGAGCCCGUGCGCGUCGUGGUGCGCGGCCUGGCGCCGGGGCAGCCGGUCACGCUGCGGGCGUCCCUGCGCGACGAGAAGGGCGCGCGCUUCCGGGCCCACGCGCGCUACCGCGCCGGCGCCGGCGGCGAGCUGGACCUGGCGCGCGCGCCCGCGCUGGGCGGCAGCUUCGCGGGGCUGGAGCCCAUGGGGCUCUUCUGGGCCCUGGAGCCCGAGAAGCCUUUUUGGCGGUUCCUGAAGCGGGACGUGCAGACGCCCUUCGCCGUGGAGCUGGAGGUGCUCGACGGCCACGAGCCCGAGGGCGGGCGGCUGCUGGGCCGGACGGUGCACGAGCGCCACUUCCUGGCGCCCGGGGUGCGGCGGGAGCCGGUGCGCGCGGGCCGGGUGCGCGGCACGCUCUUCCUGCCGCCAGGUGGAGGGCCCUUCCCCGGGGUCAUUGAUCUGUUUGGAAGUGGUGGUGGCCUUUGUGAAUACAGGGCCAGCCUCCUGGCGGGACAUGGCUUUGCUGUGCUUGCUCUGGCUUAUUUCAGAUUUGAGGACCUCCCUGAAAGUCUGGAUGUUGUGCACUUGGAGUACUUUGAAGAAGCCGUGGACUUCAUGCUGCAGCAUCCAAAGGUGAAAGGCCCUAGUGUUGGGCUUCUUGGAUUCUCCAAAGGAGGUGACUUGUGUCUCUCAAUGGCCUCUUUCUUGAAGGGCAUCACAGCCACGGUGGUUAUCAAUUCCUGUGUGGCCAACACCAUAGCUCCUCUGCAUUACAAGGAUAUGGUUAUUCCCGGCCUCAGCAGUGACCUAGGGAAACAUACAACCACCGAGUCGGGCCUUUUAAAUUUCAUGAAUAUUUGGAAUGAUCCACUGGAAAAACCCUACCGCCAGAGUCUUAUUCCGUUGGAAAAGGCCCAGGGACCCUUCCUGUUUAUUGUUGGCAUGGAUGAUUACAGCUGGAGGAGUGACCACUAUGCUGAUAUAGCCUCUGAACGGUUACAAGCCCACGGGAAGGACAGACCCCAGAUAAUCCACUACCCAGGAACUGGCCACUGCAUCGACCCACCUUAUUUCCCUCCGAGCACAGCCUCUGUGCAUGCAGUAUUGGGCCUAGCUAUAUACUACGGAGGCGAGCCAAAGGUGCAUUCAAGGGCACAGGUAGAUGCCUGGCAGCAAAUUCAAACUUUCUUCCAUAAGCAUCUCGAUGGAAAAAAAUCUGUCAACAGCAAAAUGUAA